AUGGAGUUUUUAUCUCCACCUUCAACUUCUCCCUAUGUGACUGCACCAACUAGUCCAACUUCUUACAUGGUGCAGUACCAUAGCGCUCCGGCUAGUCCAGGUAAAAGGUUCAGUAGAACUGCAGGUGAUAGCGACUAUGAGUUGACCUUGAGUGAUUUUGAAUUUGAAACGUGCGAGGAUGAGCAAUCAUGGCACGAAAAAGGAAGAGAGAUGGCAUUUGCGGAUGAAAUUUUCUCUAAUGGUCAAGUCAUGCCCCUUAAACUACCACCAAGGCUCCAAUGUGACAAUGACAUGAAAUAUACUACCCAACGAUCGAUUACAUGUUCAACUAUCGCUCCGACUGCCAUGGUUAAGUCUCCGUUUGCUCGACGGGACGUUGAUCCUUUCGUUGUUGCCAUGCAAAAGGUGAUGAAGGAAAAAAAUAGAGGGAGAAGUAACAAUUCAAAUCGCCAUAAACGCGCAAGGUCACUCUCACCAUUUAGAGCCAAAAAUAUGGAAUGGACUAUUGAGGAAAUGAGACAAGAAAUUGUAUCCAUGACUCCAAUUCAACCUUCAAGCCCAAAUCCAAGAAAGCCCAUUGAGUCUAAGGCCAAGGGAGCAUCAUAUGGAAGAUGGGUUUUAGACCAUUCUAUGAUUAUUGGGCCAGGCCCAAAAGAAUCCAAGAAGCCCAAAAACAAGAAAGAGCCCAAGCCCACUUCAAAAGGGGAUAUUUUUGUGGAAACCAAAAUGCAAAAAUUCAAAGGAAUGUUAGUGAAAUAUGCAUCAUUUAGAAAGGAGAAUAGUGAAGGAAAGAUGAAUAAUCCAAUUUUAGCUAUAUGGAAGCCAAAUUAUUUCAAGAAAUUGAGUUUCAAAUUCAAGGGAAAUGGUAAUGGCAAUGUGAGUAAAAAGGUAAAUGGAGGGGAGCCAAAGUUGGUGAUUGUGAAGUACAAACCAGCACUUUGUUUGGGUUAUGGACUUGAAAAAGCUUAA